AAAUUUCCAGAAAUGUUUUACAAAUCAAUGUUUGUAUUGUUAAUUAGCUGUCUGAUGGGUGUUGCAUUUGUGGCCUCGUUUCCUAUUGAAAUGAAAAAUAUUCAAUACCUCUUCCCACCACAAAACACAGUUAUAGCAGAUGAAAAUUCCUACAAGACAAAAAUUGACAGACAAGUUGGAGAUUCGGAGGAAGAGGACAACAUAAGAAAAUCUUGUGUUCAGAAACAAAAUGCAGAAAAAUCAGAAGAAGAAACAUCACCACCGAGUUCUGACGCCGAUUUGCCAACAUCAUUAGCUGACAGUUUCAACGAUACAACGCCUUACAACGGAACGAUUGUGGAUGAUCGAAUGGAAGUGAAAAUCUACAGGCCAGAAUGUGACGACUGACAUGUUUGGAUGUUCACUCAUACUUUUGCGUUUCUGCAUGAUAAAUUAAUUAUAAACAUUUUUACCUGGU